AUGGAUUUCUGUUACAACAAGCUGAUGGGGAACGGUGCUGUUGCUAGUAAGUUCAAAUUAACGAAUAUGGUUCAGUUGAACCAAUCGAACGUGAGGACACCUAUUGCUCCAAAGAGGAGUUUGGAGGAGGCUGAGAGCUCCACGAUUUCACAAAGUACGAAUGAAAGCAGCACUAAAGAUACUGAAUCCCCAUUGAAAAGCAUGGAAAACCCCUUAACUCAUCACCCCAGUAAUUGCAAUCGUUGCUACAGGUUGAAAAAGAAAUGUUCGAGAACUUUUCCCAAAUGUUCCCAUUGUGAAAGGACAGGCUCAGAGUGCGAGUACGUUGAUAGGACCAAAAAGAGAAAGAAACCGGCGGAAAAAUCAGGGCAGGUGAGCAAGUCAGAUGGCCAAUUAAUCCAUAUUGCUAGUGCGGAAUCAACGCAAGCCGGAGUGGUUGCUCAUAAAUUGAUAUCAGUGUCUUCCUUGCUCGUGCCUGAUCAAAGUGAUGACCAAGUAAAGAAUAGAGAAAAAUCCAAGCAUAGAAAGAUAGCAACGGCCGCAUUAGCAUCUUCUGCUCGUCGAGCACAAGAUAAGGAAAAGCAACACGAAGAGAAAAUAAACUACAAAUCCACUCAACAACCAACGCUUUCCAAUAUUCAAGAAGAGUUUAUCACCAUGAAGGAAAUUAAAGAGGAAAACUUGCCCUUGAUUUUUGCGCUCAAUUAUUUCAACAACUUUGGUCACAAGUACCCGUUUAUCAACAAAUAUUUGUUUCUCGAGAAGUUGAAAAAGAUUGACUUUGCCAAGGAUUCGAUUGUAAAUUUGGACGUAUACUUACUUUUGAGCAUUGGAUGCAUUUUGCAUGAUGCUAAGACUCAAUCUUCCCACUAUUCGGAAUACUUUAAAACAAAGAGCAUAUACAGUAUCAUAGAUGUUUUGGACUUGUCAUUUGCAUCCUAUAACGAAGAAAGCAUGCAUCUUUUGUUAUUGUUGUCAAUAUAUGGUUUAACAACAUUAAACAAUGAGAUGGUAUGGAACUUGGUGGGAUUGUUGAAUAGAGCAAUUUUGAAGUUUGAUUUGUUCAAGAAGCUCGACAAUGUCCUGAUUGAGCGGGUAUUUUGGACAGUGCACAAUUUGGAUAAGGAAAUUAGUCUUGUUGCCAUCAAACCAUCGCAAUUCCCAAAAUACACCUACUUAUCAAAACAAGAUAUAGAUAACACCUUUUACGAGGAAGAGAAUUUGUCCCUUGUGAAACACUACAUUGCUCUUGGCAAAAUUCAGGACUCUAUAGUUGAUGCUGUUUUAUCCCACUCAAACGAAAAUCUCAGACAAAUUUCUCGUGAUUUAGGAUCAUGGGUCUCAAGUUUCACCAAAGACAUUAGCUUGAAAUAUGUUUCACAGCCCAAUUUGCAGGAGCUUAUACCUUGGGCUAACAUACAAAGUUACUUCUUACAAACAGUCAUGGACCAAGUCUCCACAACCAAGAGUUUUCAAUUCCCAUCUAACUUCAUUUUCCACUCUUUUACAUCGUUGAUAUCCGCAUCUGACAAAUCAAUGACAGCAAAUAAUAAACACAACACUAAACUUGCAAUAGUUUCGUCUGGCAUCUGGUAUGCUCAGCUUUUUGACGUUCUAAAUUACAGCACUGAUUCGUUGGUUCAUUUCUUGAAAUCUGAUAGGGCGGAUGCCGGCUCUAGGGUAAAAGAGUUUAAUGAGUUUCUACAGCAGGAUUUGAAUUUGUUAAAAUAUAUAAGAGGGUUUAGAUCAUUGCUUCAUCUAGAAGGUUAUCAGAAAUUGUCGACAAAGAUCAACGAAACGAUUGAGGUCUUGGAACAGUUGAGCAUUGUCUUGCUAGGGUUUGAGGAAGAUGGAGAUAAUCCGAAAGUGUUGAGUAUUCUUCAAGAAGUCAAACAAAAGGUUGGACAUUCUCUAUAG